AUGGUUAGCAAGGUGAUUAACAGGAUCAAAGGAUGGCAUUUAAAGCUACUUUCUUCUGGAGGCAGGGCAAUUCUUAUCAGGCAUGUUCUAUUGGCCCUGAAUGUCCAUACAUUGGCUGCAGUCCAUCCAACCAAGGGUACUAUCGCUACAAUUGAGAGGUACUUGGCUAGAAGAGCCAAGGGUACUAUCGCUACGAUUGAGAGGUACUUAGCUAGAUUCUUCUGGUCUGGGCAAGAGACUAGUGAUGGAUACCAUUGGUCUGCAUGCUCCAAACUUUGUUUUUCAUAUGAAGAGGGAGAGGCUAAUUUUAGAAAGUUGGAGGAUGUCUGCAAAGCCUUCACCAACAGAGUAAUGGUGGAGGCUAUGUGCAAAUUGAAACAUGAAGUAGAGCAGAACAUCUUAUGGAGAGUUGGGAGAGGUAAUAGCAGCUUUUGGUAUGAUAAUUGGACCAAUUUUAGUCCUUUGUCUUCCAGCUUAGGCGAAGAUGUCGGGUAUGACGAUACCAAGGUCAAUGAAGUAUAUAAGAAUGGAGUAUGGGACUGGUCUUGCUUACAUAUUCAGCCUCCUGAAGCUGUUAAGACUUUGGUAGCCACCGUUCACAUCACAAUUGGCCAAGAAGAGGAUGACACUCCAAUCAGGACAAUUACUACUUCAGGAAAAUUCAGUUCGGCCUCUGCUUGGAAUGCAUUGAGACAAAGAAAUCAUCUUGCUUCUUUUGACUCUAAGUUAUGGCAUGAAGAUGUCCCAUUUAAGAUGUCUUUCUUGGCUUGGAGAGAUGUCCAUGGAAAAAUAGCAACAGAUGAAAGGAUCACGAGUGUGGGCGUUUUUGCUGGAAUGGUUGGAAUAGCUCAUAUGAACAUCCCCUUAAGAACUCUGUUUGCUAACUGUUGGAAUCAUAAGUCCAAAAACUCUGUCGCUGCAUUUGUUUUCCAGAUUAUGCCUCCUAUUGUUGUAUGGGAGCUGUGGAGGUCAAGGUGCUGUAGCAAAUAUGAAAUGGAGAGGCCAUCAAUGGCAAGAUCCAAAUGCCUUAUCACUUUUAACAUUGCCCAAUUAGUUAACUCUCAUUUUGGGAAGCUAGCUGUUAACAAUAAUUGGGAAGACAUAUGUAAACUCUUUGACUACUCUCUGGUUGAAAGAGGUGGCGGGGCGAUUAGAGACAGUGGUGGUAAAACACUUGCAGCUAAUGCUAUACCAAUGAGUCAAGGAACAAGUAACUUAGCAGAAGCAGAAGCCCUUCUUUUUGGCCUAAAAUGGUGCGUUCAACAAGGAUAUGAACUGAUUAUUGGUAAAAUUGACUCCUUGCUACUUCACAAUUGCAUUCAAGGCAUAUGGUCCACACUAUGGAGAAUCAACCGUGUUGUUAUGGAGGUAAAAACGCUGGUUGAACAAAAAGGUCUAAUCAUUAGACAGUGCUUUAGAGAAGCAAAUCAAGUUGCGGACAACAUGGCUUCUCUAAUUCACCCAUUAGAGGAAGUAUAUAUUUUCACUUAUUUUGACACAUUGCCUCGGCAGGUCAAAGGGCUUCUAAAUGUAGAUAGAUGGCAAAUUUCAGCAUUCCGAGUCUAA